AUGGAUGGUGUGUUGGGGAUCCCUGAGCUGCGCAGGCAAUGCAGUUGGUGGAAGCGCCAUUCCCUCUACUCAGUAGUGGGGGUCAAAGAAGUUAUGUUCCGUUUCGCAAAGUUCGACAAAAGAACGAAAGAGGUUUCUGUUUACGUGAAAGACUUUGACUACAAGUCCAGAAUAGCGGAGAUCGAGUCUGCUGUUAACCACUUGCCGAGUAUUGAAGAUCCUUGGGAGUGUGGAGUUGAUAUAAUGGGAAAAGGCCACACUCCAGUUGAUAUAUGCCCGAACACAGCUUACGAUAGCAUUGACGGCGAACCCUAUUGUGUUGCUCAGGAGCUCCGGAAACGCACACUGCAACGAGAAAUGUUGGAGUGGUUGCCAGCAAUGAUAGAAUUCUAUUGGCAAAAUGGAAUUGAAUCAGACCAAGUCGAAUUUCUUGAGAACGGCAAUUUUGUGAGGCAAUACGAGGACCUUGCAUGGGACCGAGGCACGGAUGCACUAAGUCCUUAUGGACGAGUAAUAUACGGCUUUCAGUUGAUUGAAGGCUGGCAUAUCCGCUCUAUUUUCUGUCUUUUCAUAGGUUCUUUGUUCCUAAGUGCUUGCGUCGUGGCGAUAUCUACUGCGAUUCUACACAGCUUCGAGGCGGGAUUGACGGCAGGUUCAUACGCACUUGCAAUCGCGGCUGUGACUCUUGCUGGCUUGACCUUCUUUAGCGCCAUCAUUUGA